AUGCGGCUCUUCAAGAUGCUCCUGCCGUUGGCGCUGCUUGGAGUCACUGCGAUUGGCAGGUGCCAUGCUAUGGAUGGCGAGGAAGCCACACGCGAUGCAAGGCUUCCCGUGACGGACGAUCCACGCAGCGUGCACUACCAGCCGGAUCCCGCACCUGCCCCAGCGGCCGAAUCGAACUGGCGACCAUCUUCGCCUUCGCCUGCACCUUCUCGAGAGCAAGCCGCGCAGCUGUACCCGUUCGGGGUGGAGGAUCGACCUUGGACGCUCUCCCACGUACAGGCGCAUGCCUCGAGCUCGAGCAACAUGCCUAUCAGCUUUCAAAGUCCGCGAGUCUACUGGCAGAUAGGCCGCUUCACCACGGGGGAUGGAAGGUCGUACGGGCCAUACAUGAUCGGAUCAACGCGGUUCUUGCUGCAGCCGUAUCCUCUGGAUAUCCCCGUGCUGUCCAAGUUCUACACUCAGCCAGGAUGGAUACCGACGGAUUUCGAGCGUUUCGGCGCUUCGAUUGGACCGAUGCUGGAUACUUGGAUCUUUCGACCCGAGCCGGGCAUCUUGCGACUCAUUCGGCACCAGCUGCAUGUCAUGCUCAACAACGCAGGAUUGCGACCCGAACCUGUAGGAAAUGAAGGGCUUACGGAGGGCGAAUACCUGUGGCCACCGCUGGGGAUGCGGGCGUACGGAGUUGCGGUGUAUAUGCCCACGCAGAACGGCGAUCGUCUUUCGUCGGCUGUGGCACGGGAGCUUGCCGCUCAUCGAUUCCACGCGCCCCGAGUGUUCCGGUUGGAGGUACCGCUGGGAUCACACAGCCGAUACAUCCUCAUGACGCCGGUGGCUUCGGGUCAUUUUACGCCUGUCGCUGCAGCGGAUGUACCCAAUUCGGAGUUCUGGGUGUUUCACGAAGCCAUGGUCGGCGGAGGAGACGCGGGCAGGAGGAAAUUUGGUCCAGACCCUGGCCUGCUGGGCGGGCCGGCGGCGGCGCGAGGAGACCAGCAGAUGAUGCCUCGAAGCCUCCCGUGCGAAGGCGGGCAUACACGAGCCCUCCACACUUGGUCCUGCACCUUCCCGCCAUCUUCUGCCACGCUUCUAUCGUCGCCUCAUCAUCCUCGCUGCGUUCAGCGGUCCAGCAUCGGUCGUGACGACUUCGAAAAUGUCCAGUCCGGUCGUCGGCGUGCUCUCCACCGCCUCCUGUCCGACUCAAUUCAGCAGCAACGGUUUGACGCGAUGACGAGCGAUAUGCCGGUCCAAGGCGAGGCGGAGAUGCGAGAACGACCUCCAAUGCUUCAAAGUGCAGCAUCCACUCGGCCAACGCACAUCACCUCGCAUCUCCCUCCCAUCCCAUCUCUCCAGCACAACGGGCAUGCCAGUAAAACGCGGUCAGCGUUUCGCGGCCACAUGGAAGAUGACUGGCAGGCCAAACCGAACUUGCCUUCUUCCAACACGCUCCAGACCUUUCUGACCGUCACCGAGGCGGAUCUCGACGGUCAGGCCAGCCACGAGCAUCCUCACCACCCCCACCAUCGUCACGACAAUGCGGGUGUGCAUCACUCGUCAGAGCCGGGGCAUGGAUGGCGGGUUCGCAAGACGCCCAUCUUCAGUGGCAUCGUGGCGCCGUUCUCGAUCAUGCUCGAGGUGCCCGGCCUAACGUCCAAGUGGUACGCCAAGAUCGACGCCGACGGCAUCGUGGAACGCUUCAUCGACAACCCGACCAUCAUCACCGUCGGCCUUGCCAUCUCACUCGGUGCUGCGGUCGUGGCGAACUUCGCCAUUGUCGCGCGCUUCCUCGAGCUUCUGCGACCGCGUGUGAGCAUCGCCCUCGCCAUCGCUGGAUUUAUGCUGCACGAUGUGAUCAACGUCAUUGCGCUUGCUACGUUCGGAGGCAUCUAUGGGCCCAAGAAGGACGGACUCAGCUUGAGUGCGGCCUAUUGGAUGGUGUGCGCCUCGACCAUCACCUCGACGCUCGUGACUAUCAGUCUCAUCAUGGACUAUGUGCGCACCAACGACUUCCGCCACGCCGGAUCCGGCUUGACCCAGCUGCAGAAGGGGCUCGUGCUCGCCGUGAUGGGUCUGCUCCUGUACCUCUCUCUCGGCUCGCUCGUGUUCGUCUUCGUCAUCAAGAUCGACUUUAUCACCGCGCUCUACUUCUCCACCGCCACUGUGCUGACGGUAGGCUUUGGUGAUGUUGUACCGGGCAGCCCGGGUGGCAAGAUCCUCGUGAUCAUCUAUGCGCCCGUGGGCAUUGUGCUGGUAGCGCUCGUCGUGUCCGCUGCACGCAGUGCGAUCCUCGAGACGUUCCAAGCUGCGCUUCUGGCUCGCAACAAGGAGCGUCGCCGACGUUUGGCCCAGCGAAAGGAGGCGCGCCGCCAACAUAAGCGUCAGGAUCGCGCCAUCCGUCGUAUCAUGCCUCGCACCUUCACGUUUGGGCCCGGCACUUUGGACGCCGAUGGGACUGUUAACGACAAUGGCAAUGACUUCGCCGAGGCACUUGCACGCAUGGAACAGCAAGCCGCCACACCCGAAGUCGAGCACGAGCUAAACAUCGACAGCGCCAAGACGGCGUCCUCGUACAGCACCACCGCCGCAUCCGACGGCGCUACGCGCCAGGCUCACACCUCUGAAAAGUCGGCUGCGGCUACCGCGGGCGAUCCUAGUCUCCAGCGCGAGAUCAGCGCCCUGCAGCACGAGCUGCUCGUAGCCAAGCAGCGCACCGAGCAAGACUUUCGGCAGUUUGAAGAGCAUUUGCGUCAUGAAGCCAUUGUCGCCGCACGCACCAAGCUCGUGCUGGCCGCCUCGGUCACCUGGGCCUUCUGGCUGCUUGGUGCGGUGGCAUUCACGUAUUCGGAGCGCUGGAGCUACGGCGGAGCCAUGUGGUUCUGCUUUAUCGCCAUGAUCACCAUCGGCUACGGCGACUACCAUCCGUCGACGCAGCUGGGGCGCGCGAUCUUUGUGAUCUGGGGCCUGAUGGGCGUGGCGGUGCUGACCAUCCUGCUGGCAGUGGUGCAGGAUGCGUUCGGCAGCAUCUUUCACCGCGUGCUCACCAACUCGACCUCGCGCCUGUUUGAUCGGGCCGAGGCGAGGGCGCACAAGCGCAGGCUUCGAAAGCAGCGUGAGAACGCAGCGCACACCCACAGCGAGGCGCUUGAAGACGAGGAGGACGUCGAGGAAAGGGCGACUGCGGUACGGGUCAAGGAUCGGUCAUGGCGCCAUCCGCAGCGCAAGAGUGAAGGAGACGCACCGCGGCCCAAGUCGCAACCGGCUCAGAACAAACGCAGGAGCAUGGAGGCAUGCGUCGACCGACCUGCUCUCAUGCUGGACCGACAGACAUCCUCGCCCGAAGCGCUGGAGCCGAUCAUCUUGGAUGCAGCCGAAUCGCUGAGCAUGCCCAGUUUCAUGCUUGAGCCUUCCACCGGAGCGGACGUGAUCACGUUUGCAUCGGGCGAGGUCUCGUUGCCAGCCGGCUCUGCAGCGCGUAUGGAGGAUACGCUGGUGUCGACGCCUCAAAAGCUUGCGCUGGCUGCGCUGCAGACGUUCCAGCACUCGGUGCGCGUGAUGCAGCUCAACGAGUCGACCAUCUCGCAGGCCAUGACCGACGUGCCUGCACUACGCAACUACUACAAUUCGCGCCAGCGCACCGCCUCGGUCUCGUCGGGCUCUUCCGCCAACCCAACCCCACUUGCCGCACCCGACGAUGCCGAGCAGGCGCUGCAGAAGCUGCACACAUCCAUCCAGCAGACCGCCAAUCCCGAGUACGAAAAAGUGGCCAAGCUGGUGGUGGCGAACCUCGAGUUUGAGCACCAUCUGCGCCUGCUGCUCGACCAGUUCCAGGGACUCAAGGACCGAGUCGAAGGAUUCAAGCAGACCCAGCUCGAGCGCACACGCACCAUCGGCGCCACCAGUCAAGCUAGCGCCUAG